AUGGUCCUCCUUGCGGGCUUGGAAAUCGUAGCAGCAGGCUACCUGCUCAAAAAACAUGUCAAAAACAAAAAGGAACGGGCGCGCCUCGAGGAAGAGAGCUUGCGACUUGAAGAGGAACAAUACCAUCUCUUCCCACCACAAGGCGAACGCCGUCACCAGCGAUCGCACAGCGAGAGGCGGGAUCCGCGCGAACGACGAGACUCGAAAGAUAGGAGAGACUCGAGAAACCGAUGGAACUCGUACGACCGUAAAGAUUCCCGCGACUCUCGCGAUAGAAAAUCGAGGAGGGAUAGGGACACUACAAGGCCUGCUUCCACAUCUCCUGUUCCACCAUACAAAGCUCAUUCAGCUUCUCCACGUCCACAUAUCCAGAGUUCUCAACGGCCUGUACAACAGCCGUACGUGCAACACAUACCUCAGCACGUUCCUCGACCACCCACCCAACCGAUUCCUCAGACUUUCGUCCACCCAGUGCCAGUGCCACACCCGCAAGUGCAAGUGCAGGCCCAGACCCAUUCCUACCCACCCGAUAUAAAAUACGGUUGGACCGAUGACCAAUCCUCCUCCUCAUCUCAAGAACCAGGGUUUCCACCAACUGGAUGGCCGGCACAUUGGGAACAAUCACGACGACCCGAACCAAACUCACGCCCGACCUCCCGAAGUCCCUAUCAAACCCCCAACAUGUCUCGAACGAGCACGGAAAUACGACCCAACGAAUCGCGAGUCCGAUUCGCGGUACCUGACGAUUCCGUGCAGCCUGGUGAGCGUCGACGUAGUAGCAGCAGCCGUAGCCGCCGACGCAGUUCCAGCAGUGUCUCGCCACCUCCCUAUCGACCAUAA